UUUUGUCAGCAACAGUAUACAAGUCCCUAGGCGUCUUUGCGAGCGCCGGCAGGGAGUCCGCGGGCACCUUUGGUCUCCCUUGAAUAUUUUGGAGCCUUUGGAAGAAUUGGCAAGUUUUGUUGACGCGACCUCCGCUCAGUUCAAGGUCCUGGUGGGCGCGCGCGAGCGUCAUUCCGUCGUCAUGGCGAUCAAAGCGGCGCUUCCCAAAUACGAGCUGUACUUCUACAACGCGGUGCUGGCCUCGGCCCUGUUGUGGUCCACCCGCCGGAUCUUUGAGGCGUCCGCGUCCAACGUCGACAGGAAAGCAUUCAAGUCCAGCGUGAAGCCAGGCUGGCACUACUUGGGCCGGAAAAUGGACACGGCGGACGAGGAAUGGGCCAUGUGGAUCUGGACCUUGCGGGCUCACAUCGCCUUCGCUCUGUGCGGCCACGUGCUGUUCGCCAAGCUCUGCUCCAUGCUGGCUCCUCAGCACCGGUCCCUGGCGUCCAUGGCGUACGGGCUGGCGGCGGUGUGGACCAGCAUGGGCUGGACCUACGUCACCCUGGUCCUGUCCCACUGCGUUCUGCUCUACAGCAUCUCUCUGGUCAAGAUCCGCCGGCUGUGCUUGCUCGCCGGCUUUUGCACGCUGGCCACGUUCAAGUGCGAGCCCUUCGUGUCCUGGCAGGCCGACUUGGUGGCGGGCGACUUUGAUCUGCGCCGCGUUCUCUUCUACGGCGGUUGCGGCUUCACCAUCAUGCGAUGCAUCAGCUUCGCCCUGGAGAACUGCGAGCGCCAGGACGGCAACUACAGCAUCCUGGAGCUGCUCAAGUACAACUUCUACCUGCCGUUCUUCUACUUUGGGCCCAUCAUGACCUUUGACAAGUUCUACGCGCAGGCCAAUAAGUCGGACCUGAGCAGGAAGGCGCGGGAGAUGUGGGACAUCAACGUGCAGGCCGUGACCCACCUGGCUCUCAUCCUGGCCGUGGACAUCCUUUUCCACUUCCUCUACGUCCUCACCAUUCCUGGCGACUUGAAGCUUCUCAGGCACCUCUCCGACUGGGCCUUGGUCGGCGUGGCCUAUUUCAAUCUGGUGUACGACUGGGCCAAAGCCGCCGUCAUGUUUGGCGUGAUCAACACCGUGUCCAGGCUGGACCACUUGGACCCGCCCAAGCCGCCCAAAUGCAUCACGGCGCUCUACGUUUUUGCCGAAACACACUUCGACCGAGGCAUCAACGACUGGUUGUGCAAGUACGUGUACGAUCGGCUGGGCGGCAAGCACGACGACGUGCUGGCGGAGCUGCUGGCCACGCUGUGCACCUACGCCGUCACCGUCCUGUGGUUGGGACCGAGCAAGCCGGUCCUGGUCUGGGCCUUCUUCAACUGCUUCGGCCUCAACUGCGAGCUGUGGGCCGCCAAGUUCUUCUCCAUGGAGCCCUUCGCGUCUUUCGAGCACGCGAUGUCCGGGGCAAUGUCGCGCCGGAUUCGAGCCGUCGUCUGCAUCUUCAAUUUCUGGAGUAUCGUGUUGUACAACACCCUGCUUCUCAACAGUUUGGACUUUGCCAAGUUGCUGGCCAAGCGCCUGCUGCUCAAAGGUUUCCCGAUAACCACGGCGGUCGUCAUGUUUGUGACCUACUGCCUGAUUCAAGUGAUUAAGGAGAGGGAAAGGAGACGGGCCCUCAUCGACGACCCCGAUCCGCUUCCUCCCGCCACGUCGGACGGAGCGCCGGUGGGAGCCUCGACCUCCCCUCCGGCAGACUCGGGGACCGCCGCGCCGGCCGUCGCCCAGCCAGUCGGCGAUGCCGGCAAGCAAAAAGCGGAGUAGAGGAUUCACGCUUGCGGUCGUGGUUUUCGUCAUAUCGUGAAUGACAUUUUCUGAAACGUCGGUCAUGGAAAUAAAUCGAGUACAAGAAGAUGAAAGUUUGUUUUUAAGCCCAAAAAGUCAGACUUCAAAUGAAUGUUGUAGUCAGAAGAUUAAAACAUGAAAGCUGGAGCGAUAAUAA